AUGGCUCCAUCUCCCAGGAGGGGCCGCCGGAAAGAUGCCAACGCUCUGCCGAGCGCCUCCUCGACUUUCUGGGCAGUUAUGAUCUUGGUGGGCCUCCUCAUCGCCUACUGCAGUCAGUUGGCUGCAGGUACAUGUGAAAUUGUUACUUUGGACAGAGAUAGCAGUCAGCCUCGAAGGACUAUAGCCCGACAAACAGCUCGUUGUGCAUGUAAAAAAGGACAGAUUGCCGGCACGACAAGAGCAAGGCCAGCCUGCGUUGAUGCACGCAUUAUAAAAACAAAACAGUGGUGUGAAAUGCUUCCAUGUUUAGAAGGAGAAGGCUGUGAUUUGCUAAUCAAUAAAUCAGGCUGGACCUGUACACAACCAGGGGGGAGGAUAAAGACAACUACGGUCUCCUGACAAAUGCAGCAACAGAGGAGCCUUGUAGAAGUUUUUAGGCUCUGCGGGGGCUACAUUCCCUAAUCAAGUUUCACUGCUGUGGAUCAUCAUACAUUCUAUGUCAUCAGUCCGACUGUCUGUUUCUCUGUAUUUCAUGAAAGACAGCAUAAUUCUACAUCAUGAGCUAAAGUCUGUUCUACCGUACUCAAGAGCACUGGACUUAAGGAAUAAGAGGUAUAAGAGAAAUGCUUGGGCAUUAGCAAUACAAAAACAACCCCCCUCCCAAAAAAAUCAGUUCAUGGUUAACGUCUCAUCUGUGUUCCGCACCACUGCUGGACUUGAUCAGUUCUCAGGUUUUAAUCUGAAGAAUCAGCCACAGUGGAGAGAGUUUUCAUCCCAAUCAGCCUUAGAGAAGACUGCUUUUGUCUACAGGAGGACAGACACUAAGGUGCAAAGGAGAAGUCUCUUCUUGUGCCCUAGACUGCCUGAAUUGCUUUUAUUUUCUUAUGUUUCAGUAUAUACAAUAGACCAAAGAGCAAAAAUCUAUUUUAAAGUGGACAAAUGGGACUGUUAACAGAGUUAUUUGGGUUCAGCGGCAUGGGGGCCACACUCCGCGAAUACAGCUCACGAAGGGCUGCAGCGUUACUGACCGGCAGAAGUCUUUAUGGAUUACUGCAGAAAACGCUGGAACUGCUCUUAGGAAAAAAUACACUAAAGCCCGCAAUGGAACAUGGAGAGAGAAGGAUCGUUCUUCAACAACGAAACAGAACUUUGAUUAGAAACGACACAAACUGUCUACGCACCACCUUUACUCCUCUGUGCUUAGAUUGACUUCUCGUACUAAAAUCAUUUUGAGUUUAACCAGUUCAACAUGCCUCUUCUAUGGUUCCAUUUUUUUGAUCGUUAAAAGUUGGAUAAUACAGUAUUUGCAAAGAGCAUGUUUGGUCAUUUGUGGCCUAUGUCUCAUCUGACACACCAUUUAGCACCAGAAAGCAAAUCCGAGUUGGGGGGGGGGGGGAGUAACACUUGUUUGAAAGAGAUCAUUAAAUGUAUUUUGAAAAGCCUAAAGUUAUAUAUUUAACAGUUUUUAUAUGUUGUAUAUUUGUAGAAAAUCCUAUUUAACAAUUAACGUGGAAACUCUGGCGGUCAUGAAAAAAAAAGAACGACUCAGAGUUAAGUUGUUGUUUUAUUACUUCAGUUGUCUCUGAAGUGACUGGUGUAGUUUGCUUUCCUCCAUUGGGACAUUCUGGAUGUAAAGCAUGACCAGAGAGGACUCUGUAG